AUGUCAAAUCAGCGAAGAAAUAAGCCUGCGACAGAGUCUUCUAUGGAGCCGACGCGCCCUGCUCAUGAGCCAUCCAAAACGGGAUUCCUUCAUGACCUGCGCACCGCCCGGUGGAUAAUACACCCUUCGUCGUCCUUUCGACUUCUGCUCAUACCCAUCAUCCUUCACCUCAACUGGAUUUACCUCGUGCCAUUACUCACCGGCUCGCAUCCGCCCUCACCUUUUGCGCCUCUCCUCUUCAUAUCCCAUCCGACGCCAUCCCCUACCGGCGACAAUAUCAACGACCCACGCUAUAGCAAAGGAUGGCUGGACCUUGCCUUCAUAUCCUACUACAUCAUAGUCUGGUCCUUCAUCCGGCAGUCGGUUACCAUACACAUCUGUCACCCCCUUGCUCACCGCUGGGGUAUCCAUAAACCCGGGAAGGUCAAUCGCUUCGGAGAGCAGGGCUAUUCACUCCUGUACUGGGGCGCUGUCGGCAUAUGGGGUGUGCGCGUGAUGUCAAAACUGCCUACAUGGUGGUAUGACACCUCUGCCUUCUGGAUCGAGUAUCCUCACUGGCAGAUGAUCCCAGAGCUGAAGGUCUACUACCUACUGCAAGCGGCAUAUUGGGUACAACAACUGCUUGUACUCGCGCUCAGGCUUGAAAAGCCACGAGUAGAUUACAACGAGCUCGUCGCUCACCAUAUUGUCACGGUCUGGCUCAUUGGGUGGAGCUAUGGGAUCAAUCUGACGAUGAUUGGCAACGCCGUCUACACCUCAAUGGACAUCCCCGAUGCCUUCUUCGCCUUCUCCAAGCUCUUAAACUAUCUCGACUUCAAAUACGCCAAGAAUGUUUCCUUCCUCGUCUUCCUUUGCGUCUGGACAUACUUCCGACACUACCUCAACAUAGUCAUGCUUUGGAGUGUCUAUGCCGAGUUUGACCUUAUGCCGGAGACCAGCAAACGAUGGGCGCCGGAAGACGGCGUAUGGAUGGUGUGGUGGAUGAAGUGGCAGGUGUUUGCGCCCCUUGUGUUGCUCCAGGCGCUGAACCUGUUUUGGUAUUACCUCAUACUCCGCGUGCUCUAUCGGACCAUCACGAUCGGCGAUGCCGACGACGUGCGCUCUGAUGAUGAGGGCGACGAGGACCUCAGCAAGAAGGAAAACUAG